AUGUUGCAAAAGAUCAAUUCAUUGCUACCUAAGAUUCACAUCCCUUCCUGGGUCAAGCGAGCGAUCCCUGUCCUUGGGAAAGCUUCUUUCGGGAAACUUAAAGCCGAUGAAUGGAGAAAUCUCUUCUCCAUUCAAUUACCAUUGAUACUGAUUCCGAUAUGGUCUGACCAAGAUUACGUGAAGACUUCUCUCUUGAAAAACUUUGGUCAUUUAGUAUCUCUAGUGAAUCUAGCUCUCAAGCGGGCAAUCUCUCCUCAAGAUAUUCAAAAUUACCGACAUCAUAUUCGAGAGUACCUAGAAGGAUCUUUGAUACUCUUUCAACAUUGCAAAUUGACGCCAAAUCACCAUAUGGCCAUUCAUUUAGCCGAUUGUCUUGAGAAGUAUGGUUCCGUACGCGCCUGGUGGUCUUUUCCAUAUGAGCGUCUUAUGGGAAGUAUACUGAAGGCCUGUCAUAAUAACCAUAUAGGGGAACUCGAGAUCACGUUUGUCAAAAAUUUCUGUCGUGCUGGGAAUCUAUCAGCCCUCCUUCAAGACAUUGACGAAUUCCCAGAAGCCUUAAAGCCAUAUGUCGAUCAAUUGAAAGGACUGUAUGAGCCUGCAUCCCCAAAGCCAAGACGGAUGUCCAAUUCAAAGCUCGACUCCCUAGGAGAAGACGAUUUGUUGCAGUUGAUCGAGAGGUUAAACCGUCAUGGAGAUGACGAUUGUGUCUGGGUCACCCCGAAAGAAUGGGCAGCAUUUGAAAAAGAUGAAGAACUUGGAUAUGCACCAUUACCACCUCGCGCACAGUUUUACAACAGAUACGAGCAUAAAGGUGUCAGUUUCUCAAUCUUUGAAAAAAGCUUGAAUGACAGCUUUGUGGUAUUCAGGUCACGUUCAGAUGAGUUUGACUCAUUUGGUAGAAUUGAGAAGAUAUUCGUGCACCGUCGGGCAGCAGUAACAGCCCAUUCAAGAGUCUCGAUAUGA